GAUCAAAGGAUCAUUUUCCAACAAACUCAUCAGAAAAUCAGUCUCUGAAGCACCCAACCCUUUCCUCGCAUCGCACUCCCUUCUCCAACACUGUAGAAGCUUUCAACACUUGGAGAAAUCAACUCUGAAGCCGGAGCCAGUGACACUUCUCUCGAAAAAAUAGAAAAUUCAUUCAAGGAUUCAGAAAAAGGUAAGUUUCAAGAAAAGUCUUAGGAGAGCACAAUGGCGCCAAUUGGAGAGGACUUUGUGGACUUGGAGCAGCCGAUAGAGCCGCCGCCAGUGGGGAACCUUCAGUGCCUGGAGCCCAGAGCACUGGGCUUCUUCAGCCUUAACAAGUACCGAGCCUUCCGCAACGACGCGAGCCAGCUGGGGCUCAUCAAGGUGCCGCGGCCACACGGCUUCCCUCUGAACAUGAACGUGACGAUCGACCCAGGGUUCUCCAAGGAGCUGAAGCACUUCUACGGCGACUACUUGGACCACCUGCUCCGGUACAUGGUGGCCAGCCCGAUGCGCUUCUUCGCCGUCAAUGCGGCUGGCCCGGGCAUCCUGGCGAGGGUCACCAUUGUGUGCCAGAUGGAGCUGCUCCAGGAGGUGAUGUGCACGCCGUACAACUGCACCGAGAACUGGCGGGUCGUGGCCCAUCGGUACCGGAACACAUCCUACAUGUGUCUCGAGGAGCCUGCGGGGGUUGCCAACCCCAGCCAGCAGCAAAGUAACAACUUCGAGGCAGUGCUGAAGCAGAUCAUGUGCCACGGGGGGCAGGAGUACUUGCCGAACUGGCUCGAAGGCAUGUCGGAGUACAAAAACGUCUUCUUCGGAAGCCUGGACGAUGACGUUUCCAUCUUGUAUGACGCGACCAUGGGAGGAGCUCGUGUCCGGAACAAGUUCGUCAACUCGCCCCUCGCAACCUUGUCGAACCUGCGGUUCAUGGACUUCAAGCUGGGGCGGUGUGUGACCACCAGCUACCACAGCGACAGCUCGGCCUGCUUCGGCCCCAUGGAGGCCCUCGCCUGGUGGUCGGAGUGCUACCUCAAGAACGUGAACCACAUCUAUGUUGGCUGCGGCUAUCCAGUGGGGGUUGUGAACUGCCUUAAGAACCAGACCCCUGUCAGUCUUAUCAAUCACAGCAAAGACCUCUGGCGGCCGAAUGUUUGCCACGUGUUCCUGGCCAACACCCUGCGCAAAAUGCUGCGGGCCAUGGAGGGGACGGACGACCCGUGCACCACCUUCGAGUUCAACUACGUCGCCGAGAAGCGCAAGAUAUAUGUGAGGAAGGAGUCUGGCGCAAACAGGUACUCGCACCUGCCAGACUGGUACGUCCGGAUGAUGGAGGACUGCCCCGAGUGAUCCCUGCAGAGCACAUUCCUGAUAUUCCAUUGGUUUCUAGUCAGCGCGUUCGGGUUGACUGUCUGUUUAUGUAAAUUAUUAUUAAUUACUAAAUAAAUAUUCCAGGAUAA